UACCACCGCCUCCGAAGCUGCCACCCAAGGCUCCGAUGCUCAGGCCCGCUGCGCUGCCCUACGAAGACAGACGGGUGCACCCCGGGCCUAACGGAUGAGCAGCCCAGCACCUGAGCGCCCACCUCCAGUUUGGUCUGUUCCCCUUGGCCGUGACUGCAGCCCAGUGGUGGGGGCGGCCCCCGGCGGUCUCCGCCCGGGUUUUGCGUGCCGCCUCUGUUCUUUGCACGGUAAUUUCAGUUCCUGCGAGCACCCUGCUCGCUCCGGAACAGGUCUGAGGAGAACCGCCGCUCCCAAGCACACCGGAGCCAUCGUUUGGCGCGGAGAGCCUCCGGCUGGGAUAUGCGACGGGAAGCCCCUGCCACAGCGAAAGCAGUGGCCUCGUUGCGCUGGGGAGAGCCUGGCGAGAGCAGAUCGGUCCUUUGGAGGAAUCGUCCAUCCCUGACUGUGUCUUUGCUCUGAGCUACGACAGCUUCCCAGUGGGAGCACUGCUCAGGCGAGUGCUCUGAGGUGUCCUGAAGAGAAAUUCCAUGGGGACUGUACCUGACCCUCUCAGAUCAGCUAGAACUUCCCUGAUCACAGCUUCUGGAAAAGAAGAGGGUCCAGGAGAGGUACAGGCUGCCUCACCUCAGCUGCAACCAGCCCUCCUGUGUAAGAACACCAAUGGCCUUCCCAGCAAGCCUACAGAACCAGACCUCAGUCCCAGAGCAGCUUCUGGGGCCCUGAUGCAGGCCCGCAAGCAUGAGACCACCCAGCCAGACAUGUCUUCUCCUGGCAUCUUCAAUGAGGUAGAGAAAGCAUCUCCCACACUCAACUCCCCUGGCAAUACCCAGCUGCCAGGAAACAGCAAGCCCACAGCACCAGCCCCGUGUUCUACAGAAGUUAAGGAUCUUGUACAUGCAGCAUUUACAAUGCCAGCCAGUCAGCACACCCAUCAGGUCAUCCCAGGUGACUGGCCCAAUGCCAGCACCCUGUCAGGAUCUGCAGAUACAUUGGGGAAAGUACAGAGAACCUCGGAUGGGGAGCAACCUGAGAAGUCAAGCUGUCCUGCGGGACACACUUGUAGCAGCAGCAAAGAUCAAGUGCCCUGUGAUUUUCCCUCUCAAGAAUCAAUCCAGAGAAUGGUACAAACUGCAAAUCCAGCAGCCAGGGUGUUCAGUCAUGCCUCCUCUCCUAUAGGUGAGCCUAAUGAGGAAAGUCAGGGAGACAUUUAUGACUCCAAGACAAGGUCCUGUGAAUCUCCAGCAAAAGGAGAUGGAUGUUCAUGGAACAAACAACCCUCUGCUACCACCUCAGACACCCAGGCCUUGACUUCUGUGACACUUCAACCAUCUCACCUCACUAGCAAAGAUUCGACGUUUCCUCCAGAUUCAGAGAAGAUGCCUCCACCAGCACAGCAUCAGGUGUCAAGGUUCAAGGAAGCGAGUACGAUGACCAACCAAGCUGAAGAUGAAAUCAAGGAAGUCAAGGAAGUUCCCAAAAGGGCUCAGCAAGAUGCUGAGGUGCAGGCAGUGGUGAGUGUGGAGAGCAGAUCUGUCUCCACCAGCCCCAGCAUCCUCCCUGCAUUCUUAAAGGAAACACCUGCUCCUGAGUGUUUAGAACAAGAGCAGCUGCAGGUCAUUUGCCACAGCAGCGGGAGCAGCACAUUGGAGCUGUCAGUCAACACCCUAGGCCCCCAGGAGUCAGGGCAGCACCUUGGCAUCAUGCCAGAGGUGCACAUCCAAACAGCCACAGCUGUUUCCGCAGCUUUCCAAAAGGAUAGUAAAUUGGUGAGCCUACCAGGUGAGGUCCUCAAUACCUCAGCAAGCAAUGUGGCAUCCAGUAACGCUCAGUAUACCUGCAUAGAAGAUGGGAGGUCAGCAGGAAUGGCCCCUGUGAGGGCAGAGCCCACCUCUAAACAGCUUUCAGGUACUAAUUCUAGCUCCCUGAAAGUUAGCCUCAUUGACCAGAUUUCCAUCUGUGCAGGAAAUCAAGAUGAAACCAGUCACGGAUUUGGGAAAUUUGAAACUAAGCCAUCUGAGCUUGCCGGGAAAACCACAAAUGACCACAAAACAGCCCCAGACUGCAAACUCUCUGACUCUUGCGGCCCUGCCAUCAAAACUGAGCAGUUAGGGAGCUCGGAUCCCACUAAUAAAGGAGAUGCAAGAGAGAAGAAGCCCGCGUCUCUUCAGAUAGCAAAGGAACCAGAAUCUAGGGGCAAGGGUAUUUUAGAUGGGAGGGCAGAGGCAGAGGACAAAACCCUACUGCACAAUCCUAAAUCUCAAGAAAGUGGAGGCACAGAGUCAGCUGGGCAUCCCACGCCCUCCCCAAUUAGAAAUAACCAGGAGGGCGCCCUAGAAGAAAACAGACAGACCAAGACAGCCACCAGCCUGAGCCUGCCUUCUGAUUCCAUGGGUGACUCCAGUCCGAGUUCGGGCAAGAGGACCCCUUCUCGCUCGGUCAAAGCCAGCCCACGCCGGGGCAGCCGAGUCAGCGAGUUUCUCAAGGAGCAAAAGUUAAACGUGACAGCAGCUGCCGCGCAGGUGGGCCUCACUCCAGGAGAAAAGAAGAAGCAGCUUAGCGCUGACUCCAAGCUGCAGUUGAAACAGUCCAAGCGCGUCAGGGACGUGGUGUGGGACGAGCAGGGCAUGACCUGGGAGGUGUACGGCGCUUCCCUGGACCCGGAGUCCCUGGGCGUCGCCAUCCAGAACCAUUUACAGAGACAAAUCCGCGAACACGAGAAAUCAGCCAAAGCGCAGAGCAGCCAGACCCGGAGAUCCAUUUCCUCAGAUACUUCUUCAAAUAAAAAGCUCAAAGGCAGGCAGCACAGCGUUCUGCAGUCCAUGCUGCAGAACUUCCGACGCCCCAACUGCUGCGUGCGUCCUGCCCCUUCCGCGGUGUUAGACUGAAAGGGAACCAGUGUGGGGACCCUCCAGCGAGCGCGCUUAGGGGCGUCGUAAGUGUCCGUCUAUGUCAAGGCUUACUUAGCUUGUUCCUGAGAGACCCAGAAGAGAAAGCGAAUAUUAACUAUAGGAAAUUACUAUUAAGAAUUGUUGGGCCCUUUGAUUAGAGAUUCAUAAACUAAAAUGUCAUUUUGACGUGACAGAAAGAAAAAGAAAAGCAAGCUUCGCUGAAAUUUUAUGAUCUUAACUAAGAGGAAAUAGAUUCACUGGAUUUUUUUAAUAUGCUGUUGCUUAUAAAAUCAGCAGUAUCAUUAUACAUGUGUCACUUUGCAUUACUGGCUCAAUUUAUCACACUAUGGUAUUUCCAUUACAAUCCUUGCUUUGUGUUAAAAAUACCAAAAACACUAUUAGCAAGACUGCUGGCUAUACUUUCUAGUCCUAUUGCAAUAAGAAUGCUAUUACCACACAAAAUUUGAGUAGCUGAUAAGAACUAUGAUGUAAAAAAUGGAACCAAAUUUGACUCAUUCCUAGGCCAAAUAACAUUAAGUAAAAGCAUUUCAAUUCAUAAAAUGCCAAAUAUGAAUUUAUAUUUAUAAGCAUCUACAGAUAAUCAUUUUUAUAAACCUUGUUAUUCCUCUAAAUAAAUUUAAGAAAGUUAUAUUAGGGAAAUUAGCUAUGCUAUUGAAUAUUAACACUGCCCACGUAAAACGUGAGUUUAUAGAGAGAGAUUGUGUAGCACUGAAGGCACCGGGCAUCUCUGUGAUUCUGACUAGAUUAAAUUCAUAGUUCCCUUCCCUAGAGGAAGUACCUGUCACUGAGUUCUUGAAAAGAGUCAUCAAGUUAUUGAUAAUACUAAGUUUUAUGUUGUACAGGUGUUCUCCAAAACAUUCUACUGGCAAUAUUACCUGACAAAUGCUCUUCCUUCCGUGUUAAAGAAAAGGAAGCUUCCCGAGUAACCGAAAUAGUAUGUUCAAUCUAGACUCCUGUAAACAGGAUGCAGUUUGUGUUUUUCUUUUGAUUUGGUUCAGUGGCUUCUAAUAGAAAAUGUAGUCAACAGCAAAUAGAACACAAGUUUCCCUACAAUUUUUGUAAGUUAGAUUAAUACCAUGUAAGUGUUUAGAUUUUUAACCUUUAGCAAAAAGGUAACCUCUGCAAACUUAUUGAUUUUAAGAGAAAUACUACCAUAUCUCAUCCUUCAAACCCAAUAAAAGAAAGGCCUUUCCCAAAACACAGAUUGAGCUUUGGUCCUUGAGAAUACAGGCACCUGUCUGAGCUCAGCUCUCACACGUCUGCAGAAACCCACCCUGUCUAUAGGACCCACUGGUGUUCCGCAGGGGCACUGGGGUAAGGAUGAUCAGCAGUGGCCUGAGAAUUGGGGUAGUGUGGGAGAGGGGAAUGAGCUAGAGCCUGGGAAAGCCUUCCCCUGCUAGAUUUGUUGUGGGGACAACACUGCUGACCACCGUGCAUUCAGAAAAAUCAGAUUGCCUUCUCUAAACUCAUUCCCCUACAUGAGACAGAUGGCCAUGUAGCCUCUCUCUGAAGACUCAUAAAUGCCAUUUUUACAUGAAAAUGGAAAAUCUCUGUUCUGGCUUUUUUUUUUUUCAUUCUAAUUCUCUUUUGCAGACAGAUGCUGAACAUAUGGGGGGAAUCAUACCUGAACUUUAACAUCACAAACUACACAGGGCAAACCUAAAUAAAUUAGUAAUAGCCAUUGAUUUCCUUCAAAACGACUGGCCCGUAUACGAGAGCUGCCUGAGUCGGCCAUGGUCACAGCAUUCUCAGAGCCUAGGAAGCGUGCUCAGCAGUGGUUGUAUUUGGAGCUCAUAAUGAACUUUCCAGGGAUACAUUUUUCAGUUUCUCACCAAUUGGCCUCUGUUAAGAAUGCUCUCUAAAGUAGAAAUUACCAUCAAAUUAGAAAUCAAAUUACUAUUAAUGAUUAGAGAUUUGGUCUAAACCUCUCUUUCAGUCUUAAAUAUCCAUUUAUAGUAAUGUUCAUUUCACUUCCUUUGGAAAUGCCUUUUCCAGGAUGUAAUCUCACUUGCUGGCUGUGCUCCCUCACACACUGGCAUACGUACCAUGUGCACACAGAGAACACCCUGUGUACACAGUGUCAGCUGUCAACAGUGCCCACUGCAGCCAGGUGGGCCCCAGGUCAUCCUCUGCUGCGAAGUAGCCAGAACAGGCUGUUCCUGCAUUAAAAUAAGAGAAAAGGAAGAAUUUAGCAUCUGGUAAUAAUAUUCAUUUUCAUGAGUUACUUGUAGUAACCACAUGAUUUAUAAAUAGUUAAAUGAGGCAAAGGCCUAAAAGAGUCAUAGGCAUUUGUUGCACACCAAAAUAAAUUUAAAAUUAAAUUAAUUAAAACUAAAUUUCAUGUUUUAGCUUUGCCUCUCAUAGUAAAAUUUAAUGUUUGAGGUGGUAACUUUAAAUGGGGUUUGUUUGGGGUUUUUUUUGGGGGGGUGGUGCUGGAACUAACCUUUACUUCUUAAUUUUUAUUUUUUAAUUUUAAAAUUUUUACUUCUGCCAUGCUGUAGAGAUUGUCACAAAAUAUUACAAAAGCUUUCUCGUUUUAUUUCUUAUUGGAUCUUAUAGAGGGAAGGCUUUUAAAAACAGUAACAGAAAUAAAUUCUCAAACGGAUAAAUAAGAUAGGAGCCUGUUCAAGACAACCAUGGUUUUAUAUCAUGCUUCCCUAAGUACUCUCAUAAAACAUCUGGAUUUGGAAAUCUGCUUCCACUUUGCUCCGUGACAGCACAGACAUUCAGGACAUGACGCAUGACACCUUAGGCUCUCUCAGGUGGGGCUGCAAAACAGUGCCAGUGAUGGACUUUGGAUUUGUUUGGCUCUUCCUUACCUGCAUGGCACACAUGGGGUUGAAAGUUGUCUGGGUUUUUUUCCCUUAAAUUGUUCUGGGUAUGUUUUAGUUCUUUUUAAUGCAUUUUAGUUGUUGAAAUAAAUGAAGGAAAUGUUUCAUUAAUUACAUAAAUAUUAAAUAUUAACUAUAAAAUGGAGAUGGGUUAGAACAUAGUGUCUGGAAGAUAAUGAAACAUUCAAAAUGUUAAGAUGCUGUCCAGCUUACCCAGUGAAUCCUAGAAUUUUUUAUUCAAAUAUUGAUUUUUCUAUUUUUAUGAUGACAAGAAAAUGUCAUCCCUUCAGCUGUCAUAUGUUUAUUUUCAGUGCUUUUCUAAUUAUGUCUUUCUGGAUUAUUGGGUCUCAAUGCAAACACCAGCUACUUUACAUAUAGUAAGAUCCUAAUGAACCUCUGUGUGUUUUGGGCCAGUGGCAUAAGCUGAACAUUGUGUUAGGUCAAAGUUAACCAGCAACCUUUUUGUUUGCAUCAAAAAUGAAAUAGUUAUAAAAUAUAUGAGUAUGAUUUUCUACCUUGACAAGUUCAGCCAUGUUGAAUAUUAUUUGCUUUUUACAGUGUUUAAUCUUUAGGAUUAUCUAAUACUCAUUAUUUCAGAUACCAGUGUUCUUCACACUAUAGGUUGAAUAUCAAAAUUUAAAUAAAUUGGACUGAAUAUGCAUGUUGUAACAUAUACCCGAGAGUUUGAAUUUUAAAACCAAAUCCUUCAUAGGAUUAAGCUUGACGUCUUAAAAUAGAAAGCUGAAGAGGAGGUCCUGUCAUUCUGGGGAUACUUGUACAUACCACGUGAAGAAUAUACUAUGAUGUGACUAUAACCUUUGUUUAUCAGAGGAUAUAUAUGCGUAUGCUAUUAAUGUAAAUUUUGGGGCCUUUGCUGUAUCUGCUGUUACUGUUUUACUGCCUAAAUGUGACAAAUUGUCUUCACUUCCUCCAACAUAUUGUGCAAGUAUUAAAAAAUUUGUCCAUUUCUAGUACCAUAUAAUUCACCAUACCCCUUGUCUACUUUUUAAGAAUCAGUAUAAAGAAAAACAAUGCAUUAGAAUGAGGUUUGCAUAUAUGUAAAUGUGUUUUUACCGAAAAUUGGGCACUUGCAGUCUUCUGUGGGCCUCUACCGGUCUGAUUUGCUAAUCGUCUACAAUGCCGCCCUGGAGGAGGCGCUGCCUACUCUCUCCUGCUUUGUCCUGAAUGGUAUUUGAGAGAUGAGGCCUGUGAACUUCCCUUUGUGAUAAAAAUACGGUGAACUCAGCAACAUACUAGAUAAAUGAGUUGACCAUCUCGGCCCCACCCUUGUUUUGUCUAUAUAGUAAAUUAGAAGUACACAUUUCCAUGUGUACUAUGUUAUAGUCAUUUCUGAGCAUUUGUUUCCUGUUAGCAAUGUUCCUUGUGUGGGGCCCUUUUGGUUGAAUCUCUCCAACUGUCGGUCAGCUGCUGCCACUUGGCAUGUAACAAGUGACAUGCUGAAUCUCCUGUCCAUCCUUCUCAAACUGGCCUAGUGAUUAUAAAUGUCAUCUGUGCGGACACAUGGCUUAAUGUCUACAAAAUUGUAGACAUUUUUGCAAAAGGGUAAAAAAUAGUCUUGUAAAUAUUGAAACUGAUUUCCAUGAACUUUAUCCCAGUCCCAGAAAAAAAUUCUCCUUGGCUACAGAAAUUAAAUAAAUUUGAUUUGCAGUGACCAAUACAUAAAUGAAAUGGAUGAAGGUGGAAAAAUUCUGUCUCACAAGUAAUCAGUGACAUCUGCCAGAGUCAUUACAACUACUUUUAACUGUGAACAUUCACCAGCUAACCUACUCACUUGCCACAACCAGAUAACCUCUCUGAGUAAAUCCAAUACAUCUGUGUAUGUAUGUCAAUAAAAAAUAACAAACUAUCCCAAAAAAUUACUGUUGGAUCUUAGGUAAUCAAGGUGAUGAUCAUUUUAAAGGACAUUUAAAUAACCAUGGGCCUUUGUGAAAUGACUGUGGAGGCCAGAAUGGUGCAACGAGAUGUUAUUUACACGUUGUUUGGGGGGUUUUUUGUUUUGUUUUGUUUAAGCUCCAGCUAUCUCAGAUAGUAAUCAUCAGAAUAAAGACUGUUGAAAAUGAAAUCAAAGCCAAGCAAUAAUGUGCCAAAAGAGGCAGUUAUACCAGCAAGUGCACCUACUGUGGGCACGCCAUUGCAUAAUUGUAGUCUGCUCCAUGAACACUGACUGGAACCCACAGGUUAAAAUAAGUAAAGGUAUCAUUUCUCCUUUCUUGCUGGAAAAGCUGGUUUACAAGCUUCAUAAAGACGCUCCACACUAGUGAGCAUUAUUAGGGAUGUGGCUAACAGCAAGACAGAAAAGGAGUCCAAAGUCACGCUAGCUUAACACUCAAGACAGCUUCAACCAGAAACUUUGUUGAACUGGAGAACUUAAACAUAUGGCAGUUACUCUUCCUGGAUGCUUGCAUGUAGAAAAGCAGUGAAAUCUGCCUGAAGGAUUACCAGCCUCAGCUAUGAAAAAAUGGGUUCCCAAAUGUAAAAUGAUUAAAACACGAGUACUCGUAUCAAAAGGGGCCUCAUAUAAUGCCUUACAGAAAGAAAAUGAUGUUCUAGAUGAGCAUUUCUAAAUACUAAUUCUUCAUCGAGUAUCUUCUGGGGUUCAAGCUCAAAGUCUACUGGCUGCAAAACAGUAGAAAUCAAAGUCACAUAAUCUGCACUGCAGAAAAAGGUACUGAUGAUCAUCCAACAUGCUAAUUAUUAUGAUGCUAGAUAACCCAGAAAUGUAAGUGUGUUGAAGAGAAUUAAAUGGGAGACAUAUGCCAACUUCUUUUUUGAUUUCUUAAGAUGUGGGAAUGUCAUCCACUUUUUUCUGGGGUGAAAAUUAUAGCUUGCUUUUUGAUGUUGCUGUCAGCAUUACUAUUUGUUACUUUAAACAUUAAAUUGUCUCUUCUUUAGAAAAACUUUUAAGCAAUUGCACAAUUUUUCUCUGAUUCAUAUUAUUGCUUUUAAUAUUAUAUAAAUGCUAUGUACAGAGCAAACUAUAUUGAAUGCAUAGAAAGAGCUUGCCCAGGUUUAUCGGUAUCUUUUAAUGACUUUAGAUUAGAUUCCCGAACAGUUAUUUUAACUGCAUCUUUGAGGACAUUAUUUUUUAUAUGAUGUUUUUCAUCAUAUCUUAAAAUGAUGUUGGUAAAUCAGGAGAUUGCAGUAUUGUAGUCAUGCUUCUGAAUCCCUGCAGGAGAGGGGAGACUAAUUCUUGUUUUAAGGGCAUCGUGAAAUAUCUUUACUGAGGUUAAGAAAGGUCAAUGGGGCCUGAAAACUCCAGAAAGAAAUAUACUAACAAUUACUAAAUUUCUAAAUGUAUUUAUCUCUGCUGUAGUAAUAUGUUGUGAACAUGUUGUACAUAAUACUGUAGCUGGCUGUGGUAUGUCAAUAUAUUUUGUAAGUGUGUACAGUCUGUGAGUGGUUGGUUUUCUGUUUUUAUGUGUAGAAAAAAAUAACAUGCUGUAUUCCGUUAUAAGGCCAAGUUCUGUCACAAGGUAGGCACAUUUGCAAAAGUGAAUAAAGCCAGAAAAAUGUGCGUGUGUAUUCAGUAACAGUCCUUUUCAUUUUGAAGGUCAGAAAGGGCUGUUGGUUUUUUUUUAAUCCUCUUCAAGAGUAGAUAACUUAAUUAUCACAAAGGUUGAAUAUAGUAAUCAGUACAUUGGCAUGUUACUAAAUAUGCCAGGGCUAAUUAACCAUACCAUUAGUCACAGGUAAGGUCAGUUCUUUGACCACUGGGACGAUUUACAUUCCUCACACAUCUUCUCUGUGUUAAGUGUGUGACUAGGAUGUACAUACUAUGGGUGUGAUUGUGUACAUACCUCGUAUGAAUUUUCUCAAUCCUCAAAGCAGCUAUAGGAAAGUGGAAAGAAGAAACAGUUAUUUAAAAGCCUCAAAAGGGCUAAUCAAUGUGUAUUUUAAUUUUCUACACAUAAAAAUGUAUACAUAACAUACUGUAAAUAGUUUAUCCACAUAUACAUGCACACAAAUGCAUUUUAUUCAUACCAGUAUAUUUAAGUAAAUCACAAAACAACUAAUCAAAAACUGCAUUUUUCUAUGACUGUUCUGCUUCACACAUAUUAGUAUUGGGUCAGAGGCUUUCCAUUAAAUGGUGUUAUUUCCUGGUAGCAGAUUUGGAAAAUUAGGAAGUCUCAGCUGGUCCACAAAGAUCAUAGUUAGCAUCUUACUGGAGCACAUGCUGUACCCGAAGGGUUCAUGUUUCUUUAAGGACCUAAUUUUAUAUGUCAAAGUUACAAACACUGGGGAAACCAAUUAUGUUUUGUAGAUCCUAUUUGUACAUUUAUUAGUGUGUUUAUUUGCACAGGCUGAUAAAAGCCCUAUAUAUUUUAGAGGUAUAUCCCUAGAUUUCAAGAGCAUUUAAUCACAUGGAAUGAAAAAUGAUUGUAGACAUUUUUCUCUUGAGAUCAGCAAAACAGUGUUUAGCCAUACCAAAGAGAAGUCUAGAGUGAAAAACUUGCUUUAAUUACAGAUGAUGUUAGUAAGAGAGUGGAAUAUAAGCAGAUAUGAAUACCUUAAGGUGGACUCACAUAAACUCCUGUCAUUGACAACAAGUGAUUCUGUGUGGACUCAGUAACAAGAUCAGAGUCAUUAGCCAGCAAAGGUUCGACACUGGACAACAUUUUUCAACUUACCAUGAUUUCAACCUGAGAACUGAUGUUGUUUGAGGUUCUCUCAUUUCUUCUGAAAGGAAAUACACUAUUAGAAUCAAGUAUGAUCUGGUUCCUAACCUAAUAUGAUUUGACCCCAAUUCCUUGACACAAACAUAUGUUGGCUGGUUAUUAAGUUGAAAAUAGGAAUGGAAAUACCAGAAUUCCCCAUUAAUAGGGAAUUCUGUAUGGCAAAGUGCAAAUAUAACCACUUCUCAGUAGAAAGUUAAUGAUAGUAUUUAAUAUAUAUUCAUGUUUAGAGAAUGAAUGUGCCAUCUGUAUGUCUUAGAUAAAAAUGAAAGGUUAGCCAACCAUAAGAGCACUACAGUUAAUCAUAGCUCACUGUGUUUUUUAAGUACUAAACACAUACUUGUUUAUAAAGCAGCAUAUCUGAAAUCUUGAUGUUUGUCAAUAUUUACUGUUGCUUACAAGAUAAAUAUAUACAAUUAUUUUGGACAAUAUGUAUUAACUUAAGUCUCCUCCCAAAAAAGUUAUAGCUGUCCAUGUGAGAGUCACUUAUGUUUGUAAAUACUCAGCAGAGAAAGACAAAAAGUAGUGGAAGUUAAAUUACUGAAGAAACAGUAAUACCACAUUGAAGUUCCAUUUGUGAAUAUAUCAAUAUUAGAAUCUAAAAUUAUGUCCUCACAAUGUCUACAUAUAAAGGUCAUAAAAUGGUUUAUUCAAGAAAGUCCCCAAUCUUUCAGAAAUUGACCUACCAUUAAAUUCUAUUUCCUAGAAAGUACAUAAAAUGUUAUGACUUAUAUAAGGAUAGAUGAAGACUUUGGAAUUAUAUGGAUGAAUGAACAAAAUUCAAUUAUGCUUUACCCUUGAAAAUUUUUUAAAUAUG